ACAAGGUUUGAUUCGAGAUCUUACAUCAUUGUAAACUGGAGCAAGAAUUGAGAUUUACGACCAUUCGUUAUUGAUCAAGAGUCGGUGACAGUCGCCUUUGGCAUGGGAAUGAUUUCAAUCUUAACCGCCGGAAUCAACUUCUCAAGGGUUGGAAACAUGAUCGGCCUUCAUCCAGCAUGGCCAACCAUCAAUGGGACCCAGCAGCAGAUAUCUGUGGUACCAGUCUCCCAUGUUGCCUCCACCCGUGAUCACAUGGAAAUCCUGAUCGAACUCAGAUACUGGAUGGUUCUGAUCUUAGUGUUCUCGCUCUUAUCCAUGCUGUACGUGGGAUUAGUGUUGUGCUUCCACCUGAUCUACUGUGUCAAGACCCAUUUCCGAUGCUUCCCGGAUCUUCAGACCUCAGUGUUCCAAGAGCACCGAAGGCCAGAAGUCAUCAGAAGAAGUAAUGCUCCCGGAAAUGAACACUCUCUUCUUCAAAUAUUGGACGAGACCUCGUCGUCUCAACACGAGCGUGACGCGGCCUUGGCCUUUGAGGCCACUUUACCUCCUCCUAGCUAUGAGAACCUCACCCUGGGUGUCCCUCCUCCUCCUUCGGACUGUUCAUGUUCAGACAUUCAAUCGGAUUCCGAGUCCUUGCCAGAUUAUGCCACAGCAGUGCAGACCGAAAUUGCCACCAUUUCCAGUGGCGUCGAAUUCCGGGAAAGACUUGGUGGAACGCACGACGACGCUGAAGGUCAAUCAGUGUCAAGUAUGGACGCCUCCGUUCCGCUCACGGCUUAUGUGAUCAAUCUUAUUAAUCGAUUAAGUGUGUAUACAUGAAAUAUAUGAAGAGGUUAAAUCUA